AUGAAGGCUGAGGCCAAGGAGUACGACUUGGCCGACAAAAAGAAGCUGGCAGACUUCCUGCAAGAUGGGGACAUUCACUUGGGUGGACCGGGCAAGCGGAGGAUCUCCAAGGAUGCUCUGCACGUCAUCGUCAGGAACCUCCAAGGCGACCGAUUGACCGUGGACAUGCUCCAGGGCAUCUUGGAAGAGGUUGUCCCCGAUCGCGACGGCCUGCUGAGCUGCGCGGACUUGGCACGCUGCCUGCGCCGCCCGGGUCCAUCUCCGGAACCUCAAGAGCCCAAGCGCUACGACCUGGCCCAGAAGCAGGGGCUGGCGGACUUCCUAAAAGACGCCGACAUCCGGCUUGUGCGAGCCGACUUCAUCCUGAAGCUGCACCGAGCAGGACAGCGGCUCCCGCGGCGCCAGGAAGCGGAGUCUGCCUAUGUGGACGCCCGCACGGCACUUGUGACGCAUGAGGAGGUCCAAGCCUGGGCCGAUGGCCAGGUGCCUGCAGGCACCAGGAUGGUCUCACUGUCCCACUGCUGGGAGUCGAGGGAACACUGUGACCCAUACGGCUACCAGGUUGAAAAGCUUGCCAAGGCUCUUAGUGGAAAAGAGUGGCUUUUCAUCGACUACGUUUCUCUCUAUCAGUUCCAGAAUCAAGCACGCUCCGAAUUGAGUCUCUGA